AUGGAAGCUACUAUGGAGGCCGAGCUCCUUACCGCUGUGGCUGAGUACCGCGCCCAGCUGGCCUCCUUGGAGGAGCUGCUGUCCGCGGACCCGGGCAAUCAGGAAGCCAAGGAGGUGUUUCGGGCGGGCGGGGUGUACGAACAGCUCCAAGGGGCUCUGUCGUACACAUUGGCGGCCUUGGACGAGCAGCAGCUGCAACAACAGCAGCAGCUGCAGGAAAUGGCGGAUGCCCAAUUCGCUGAGGGGGCUGCGGCCUCUAGGGCUGCCGGAGCCGACGAGGGUCCGACGACGGCAAUACUGCAUGGGAACGGCGACGUCGACGGAGUCGCCGCUGCCGUCGGCGGCGCAGCCGCCGUAGCCGCCGCCGAAAGCGAUGCUGUCGCGGAGGCCCUGGCACUGGCUGGGGCUGCGGCAGCAUCUCGACCGCGCGGCGGUGCAGCCAACAACGCGCGCAUGCACCCCGCCAACCUCUACCACCGACAGGAACCGGACUUUGCCGCACUCGCAGAGAAGUACAAGGAGCUCCGGCCGUACGUCAGCACUGACGCAGCGGGUCGAGCACACCUGGACACGAGCAGCUGGGCGGCCACCCGCGCCCUGACCGCCUGUCUGUUGCGCCACGAUUUCGGGGUGCGGUGGUGGCUGCCGGAGGGGCAGCUGGUGCCGCCGGUACCCAACCGAGCCAACUACAUCCACUGGAUCAAUGACCUGCUGCACCUCUCCGCGCCGCCACAGCCGCCACAGCCGCCUUUGUCAGGCUGCAGCGGCGGCGGAGGAGGUGAUGGCAGCGAUGGCGCAUGCGCGGUGCUGCGCGGACUGGACAUUGGCUGCGGCGCGAAUUUCAUCUACUGCUUGCUAGGUGCCGUACUGUACGGCUGGAAAAUGGUGGGCGUUGACGUGACGCAGCAAAUCCCCGUACACCCCGUUCAGGUCGCUGUGCGGUGUUGCCGGCAGCUCAUUGAGGAUAACCCACAGGUGGCGGCCCUAUUGGAGAUCCGGGAUCUGUCGUACCUACAUCCGGAUCUCCAGGCCCCCGAUGCAGCCGCGCUGGCAGGGCCCGUGGGGCCAGCCGGUGGCGGGAGGAGACGCAAGCGCGGUGGCUCUGCCGCCGGUGGUCCUGACGGCGCGGCUCACGCGGCCGAGCUCCAACAGCAGGACUACCGGGAGGAUGGGGGCACCGGCGGCGACGGAACCGAGGCGGCGGAGGGUGGGGCCGUGGCCAUGUCCGGGAUGGAUCAGGAAGCAGGGCUGCCGGGAGAUGCUGCGAGUCCAACUGGCAAGCAGCAGGGUAUCUUGCUGCCGGCGUUCGCGGACGAUAGCGAGACAUUUGCCUUCACAAUGUGCAACCCGCCUUUCUUUGAGAGCAUGCAGGAAGCUGCUCAAAAUCCCAACACUGCUUUUGGAGGUACGGCCGCGGAGAUGGUCUGCCCUGGUGGCGAGCUUGCCUUUGUGUUGCAGAUGCUGGUGGAGAGCGAGGAGCUGCGGGACAGAGUGCAUUGGUUCAGCACUAUGGUCGGGAAGAAGAGUACGUUGAAGGCCCUCCGACGAGAGCUCCACUGCCGACAUGUGACGGCGUUGCGGACCACAGAGCUUGCCCAGGGCAAGACAUCCCGAUGGGCGGUGGCCUGGUCUUGGCAGGUCGACCCAAACAAGGCCUCACAACCGUUGCGCAGGUUGGACGUGCCCACAGCGGUAACGGCAGCCGCCGUGGAGCCACAUGGUGCCGCCGCCACUAGCACGGGCCCUGAUGCAGCGCGGUUGGGCCGGGCACCGCCCGUUGUGGCGCCAAGCCUCGCCGCCGCGGGCAUGCCGUUGCUGCCCCGGCGGCAUGUGAGCUUUACGGUUCAGCAGACCGGCUUCCUCAACAGCCGAAACUUCCUACAAGAGGUUAAGCGGCUGUUGCAGGCGGAGGGCUGCGGGUACCAGCAACAGCUGGAGGUCGAUGCGGUCGCCUGGACUGUGAGUUGGCCGCUGCAGGUGGGACCUUUUAGUGCAGCUGCAGAGGGAGAGGAACGGACUGCGAAGCGCCACCGGGAGGAUGCGGCGGAGGGCGGCCGUAGUUGGGCCAGCAACAUCAGGGCCGAGAUGCGUGUCCAGAGUACGUACGUUGGCAAAGAAUUUGGUAAAAGAUACCACCCUGCUAAACAUCAAGUAGGCGUCCUCAAGCAACAGAUGAGCAACUGGACUUUCAUGCGUACUUCGGGCAGCAGGCUCUUCUUUGCGCCAACCAGAGAUCACUACGAAUUGGAACCCAAUCUUUGCGCCUGCAAGCGAUUGGACCCCCGCCCCAGGCCAGCGGUCGAUUCCGGAAUUAAUGUUCAGAAGUAUGUCCAGGAGAAUUAUAAGGCCUACAGUGGCGAUUCAUCCUUCCUCGCUGGACCUACGGAACGCACGAAAAAGCUUUGGUCUGAGCUGGAAAAGCUUAUUUGUUUGGAGUUGGAGAAGGGCGUCCUGGAUGUUGAUCCUAGCAAGCCCUCAACCAUUGCUGGCUUUCCCCCCGGCUACAUCGACAAGGACCUUGAGCAGGUCGUGGGCCUCCAAACCGACAAGCCCCUGAAGCGAGCGAUCAAGCCGCUGGGAGGAAUUAACAUGGUGAAGGCGGCGCUGGAGUCUUACGGCUAUCAACCGGAUGCAGAGGUUGAACAGGUUUACACGUCUGUCCGCAAGACGCACAACGCCGGGGUGUUCGAUGCCUACACGGAUGAGAUGCGAGCGGCGCGCAAGAGCGGCAUUCUGACCGGCCUGCCAGAUGGCUAUGGCCGCGGCCGCAUCAUCGGCGAUUACAGGCACAAGACGGACCUGAAGCACAACCUGCUGGGCGUGAUGGAUGAGGAGAAGAUCCGCCUCCGCGAGGAGGUGAACGAGCAGAUCCGCGCGCUGAUGGAGCUCAAGGAAAUGGCCCAGUCUUACGGCUUUGACAUCAGCAGGCCCGCCCAGAACUCCAGGGAAGCCGUGCAGUGGUUGUACUUCGCCUACCUAGGGGCUGUCAAGGAACAAGAUGGCGCCGCUAUGAGCCUGGGUCGCAUCGACGCCUUCCUGGACACCUACUUCGAGCGCGACCUGGCCGCGGGCACCAUUACAGAGGCCGAGGUUCAGGAGCUGGUGGACCACUUCGUCAUGAAGUUGCGGAUUGUGCGGCAGCUGCGCACGCCCGAGUACAACGCCCUGUUCGCGGGCGACCCCACCUGGGUGACCUGCGUGCUGGGCGGCACGGACGCAGCCGGCAAGCCCAUGGUCACGAAGACCAGCUUCCGCAUGCUCAACACGCUCUACAACCUGGGCCCGGCGCCCGAGCCCAAUCUGACGGUGCUGUGGAACGAGAACCUGCCGCAGCCCUUCAAGGACUUCUGCUCCAAGGUGUCUCUGGACACGUCCUCCAUCCAGUACGAAUCUGACCGGCUGAUGAGCCGCCUGUUCGGCUCCGACUACUCCAUCGCAUGCUGCGUGUCCGCCAUGAGGGUGGGCAAGGACAUGCAGUACUUCGGUGCGCGUGCCAACCUUCCCAAGCUGAUGCUCUACGUCCUGAACCAGGGCCGCGACGAAGUGACUGGUGCGCAGGCUGGCCCCAAGUUCGCCUCGGUGCGUGUGAAGGACGCCCCACUGGACUUCGAGGAGGUCCGUGCCAAACUUGAGGACGGCAUGGAGUGGCUGGCCUCGCUGUACGCCAACACCAUGAACGUUAUCCACUACAUGCAUGACAAGUACGACUACGAGCGUCUGCAAAUGGCCCUGCAUGAUACCUACGUACGCCGCCUGCUGGCCUUCGGUAUUUCGGGUCUAUCUGUCGUGACCGAUUCGCUGUCCGCCAUCAAGUACGCCAAAGUAACCCCGGUGUAUGACGAGAAGGGUAUUAUGGUGGACUUCGUCGUUGAUGGCACCUUCCCCAAGUACGGAAAUGAUGAUGACCGCGCUGAUGAGAUUGCGGAGUGGAUCACAUCGACGUUCUCUAAGAAGCUAUCAAGUCAACACACGUACCGCAACUCCAUCCCCACGCUGUCGGUCUUGACCAUCACCUCCAAUGUGGUGUACGGCAAGAAGACCGGUAGCACUCCUGACGGCCGCAAGAAGGGUGAGCCCUUCGCGCCGGGAGCCAACCCCCUGCACGGCCGCGACUCGCACGGCGCUCUGGCGUCCCUCAACUCCGUGGCCAAGCUGCCAUACACCAGCUGCCUGGACGGCAUCUCCAACACCUUCUCCCUAAUUCCUCAGGUUCUGGGCAAAGGCGGUGAACCUGAGCGCGCUGCUAACCUGUCCUCCAUCCUGGACGGCUACUUCGUAACUGGUGGCCACCACAUCAACGUCAAUGUGCUCAACCGCGCAAUGCUUAUGGACGCCGUGGAGCACCCCGAGAAGUACCCCAACCUCACCAUCCGCGUCUCCGGCUACGCGGUGCACUUUGCCCGACUUACCCGGGAGCAGCAGCUCGAGGUCAUCGCCCGCACCUUCCACGAGACCAUGUAAUAAGUUGUGACACCACCACGGAGGAGGAGCUGAGCGGCGGCGUUGAAGGAUUGCAGAGGGGGGCCCAUGUAUGUGUUAGUCGCUUAACGUGGGAGGUAAUGCCUUGUGUUACCGUGUGAGCUUAACAAAAGCGAGUGGCAUCAAUCAUUAUUGUACAUGUGGCAUGCCGAAGAGUCGUGAGGAUAUCGUGAAUAAGAGAUUCGUUCAUUAUUUCCGCUAUCAGCAAAGCAUCUCAGGUCGCAUGCUCCUGAUGUUUAUGGCUUGGCGUUCUUAAAGCGGUGAGCCCCGUUGGUUAGUUGUUUGCAGACGUUGCGCAUAGAUGUAUGCACCAAAUGCGGUUGUGAUAUCAUAUGAAACCUUGAGCGGAAAUGUUUGGCCCUGCAUUGGCUAGCCUCCUCAAUUAUUUGCCGGGCGUUUGCCGACUUUCGACCUGACAAUAAAUAUGGUGAGAGGGCUUUCCCCUUACCUGGCUAGUGCUCGGCGUAUAUGUUACAGAAAUAAGCGUAUGCGCCUUUGCGCUAUGCUCUUAUUGAAGCAAUGACACGGGAAAUGUAUCAAUCAAGUCGGCUACCCCCAGUCAACGAGUGAGUUGCAUUUGUUAUCUGAAUGCGCUGCUAAGCCUGCUGAGUUUUGAGGGGUUGCGGCCGGGUGAGUGGCUUAUUAUCCUGUAGAUAGUUCUAGAAGUGUUUCUUCGUUGGGAGUUAUCCCCGCACGUUGCGUAGGUUUGUGUACACAUAACGUACACUUGCUGACUUUCUGUACACGGGAUCGUGCGGCUUGCGAUCAUGUCUGUCACGUCAUGUAACCCAUUUGGAUACUGCAAGGAGAAAUGUAAAGGGAAUAUUGAAGCACUGUGAAACGUUUGAGCCCAACGCCCAGAUUUAUAUGUAACGUGAAACGUGUCUAGUGGAGUUGUGUAUUUUCCCGACUCCUUUUACUGUGCGCAACUCACAUAGUGUACUUAUAGCAGGCUGAUAUAAAUCUAGUCCACCACAAUUCAAAUCAUACAUGCAUUAUGGGUGGAAGAAUUUAUGACACGAAAAUGCCUCCUUGUUAACCCCUGAGCCGCUGG